GGCGUAUGACGUCACUAGCGCAGCUCGCGUGCGCGAAUAUGGCGGUUCCUGCGACGACGAACGACUCCAAGAAAAGUGCUAAAAGUUAUGAAAUAAAAUGAAGACAUGACGGGAAUCAACAUUAAAAGUCUGCGGAAGAGUCCGGUGAGGAAACGAUCCCCACAGGAGAGACGUACAGACGGCGCGGAGAGAGAUUACAGUCGCCUCAGAGAGAGACACACGCGGAAGUGACGAGAGACUUUAACAACUACAACUCCAACAAACUCCAGCUAAACACUACAAAUCAAAGUCACUCGAACCGAGAGCUGAAUCGGGAUAAAACAGCGCUUGAGAGUUUCUGAGGGAGUUCAGACAGCUACUAAACACUAUUUCACACCGACUAUUAACGUUACUUGUGUUUAACUACCUGAACUUUCAUCUAAAGGCGUUUUUUUUUUCGAGUAACAACGUUAUUUACGUCAUGACGUCGAUUAUUUACUCGUUUACAGAUGAUACAGAUGUGUAAGAGUAACCUGUGACUGACACUGCAGAUGCUAGCAAUCACUACCAAAGCUUUCAAAGCCGUGAUCUGCUGUGAAGUCAGACGUCCAGCAGUCGAUGCAUGACCCGCACAGAAGAGCAGACCGGACUGUCCUCGUCUCGCCGUGGUCAGUAACGCCCCGUGAUCCCUUAUGGGGCAGCAGCCUGUGAAGUUAGUCGGGGACCAGAGGAGACCGAGUCUGCCGGCGCUGCCCUUCAUCAAGGGAGCAGGGAAGAGAGAGGCGUCUAGACAGGGAGCGCAGCACUGCAAUGUGUUCACCGUCCACGAAGCGCUUCAGCGGCCGGAUUUCGAGGCUCCGGGUCUGUCUGAGGCGGCGCGCUGGAACUCCAAAGAGAAUCUGCUGGCGGGACCCAGCGAAAAUGACCCCAAUCUGUUCGUAGCGCUGUAUGACUUCGUCGCGAGCGGCGAUAACACUCUCAGCAUCACCAAAGGAGAGAAGCUGAGGGUUCUGGGAUACAAUCACAAUGGUGAGUGGUGCGAGGCGCAGACCAAGAACGGCCAGGGCUGGGUUCCCAGCAACUACAUCACGCCCGUCAACAGCCUGGAGAAGCACAGCUGGUACCACGGGCCCGUGUCCCGCAACGCAGCCGAGUACCUUCUGAGCAGCGGCAUCAACGGCAGCUUUCUGGUGCGCGAGAGCGAGAGCAGCCCGGGACAGAGGUCCAUCUCGCUGCGCUGCGAGGGCCGCGUCUACCACUACCGCAUCAACACGGCCUCCGACGGCAAGGUGAGCUUCAGAACCAGAGACGAUGAAUGCUGGUUGAGAACAGUUUUUCCUCUUGUGCAGGAGGACACCAUGGAAGUGGAGGAGUUUUUAAAAGAAGCUGCGGUCAUGAAAGAAAUCAAACACCCAAACCUGGUGCAGCUCUUAGGUGUCUGCACACGGGAACCUCCGUUUUACAUCAUCACCGAGUUCAUGACCCAUGGAAACCUGCUGGAUUACCUGCGUGAGUGUAAUCACGAGGAGGUCAAUGCUGUGGUGCUGCUCUACAUGGCCACGCAGAUCUCCUCCGCCAUGGAAUAUCUGGAGAAGAAGAACUUCAUCCACAGGGAUCUGGCUGCCCGUAACUGCUUAGUUGGGGAAAACCACUUGGUUAAAGUGGCAGAUUUUGGACUGAGUCGCCUGAUGACUGAAGAAACCUACAUAGCCCAUGUAGGAGCCAAGUUUCCCAUUAAAUGGACCGCCCCGGAGAGUCUGGCCUAUAACAAAUUCUCCAUCAAGUCAGACGUGUGGGCAUUUGGAGUCCUACUUUGGGAAAUCGCCACCUAUGGGUUGUCUCCGUAUCCUGGAAUCGACUUGUCCCAAGUGUACGAGCUACUAGAGAAAGAUUACCGCAUGGACAGACCUGAGGGAUGCCCAGAGAAAGUCUAUGAGCUCAUGAGGGCCUGUUGGAGGUGGAACCCUGCAGAGCGGCCUUCUUUUGCUGAAACCCACCAGGCGUUUGAGACGAUGUUUCAAGAGUCCAGUAUCUCCGACGAGGUGGAGAAAGAGUUGGGCAAAAAGGGUAAGAAGCUGACACUGGGUCCGAUACAGCAGGCUCCAGAACUUCCCACUAAGACGAGGACACUGCGAAGACAUACGGACAGCAGGGAUGGCGACAGUCCCGACGCAGCAGAGCCCGAGGUAACCGGGCCCCCGAUGCUCCCGAGGCCUGUCCUUGAUAGCAACUUAAACGAAGACGAUCGCCUCCUAGCCAAAGAUAAAGAUAAGUUCCGAAUGAAUCCGUUCAGUUUAAUCAAGAAAAAGAAGAGAACGGCUCCGGCACCGCCUAAACGCAGCAGCUCCUUCGGGAAGAUGGAUGGGCAACUGGAUCGUAGAGGACUGGCUUCCGACUGCAGAGAUGAUUUUAACAACGGCGCUUCCACUAACGACAGCAUCGACCCUUCUAAAUUGGUCGGCUCCAACAGUACAACGAUUGUCGGAGUCACCAAUGGAGCCAUGGUUUAUCCCGGUCAGCUCCUUCCAUCUCAUUCACGGAAAAAAGGCACAACAUCAGCCGGCGGAGGGAAGCUUGCCACGACUCCACCCGCAGAAGAAGACCCCAUGUCAAACUCCAAGCGCUUCUUAAGGUCUUCUUCCACCUCUAGCAUGCCUCCGGGGUCCGAACGCACCGAGUGGAAGUCGGUUACCUUGCCCCGUGAUAUCCAGUCGUCUCACUUUGACUCGGGAACCUUUGGAGGAAAGCCAGCUCUGCCUCGCAAGAAAGCCGAUUGUGUGCCCCGUGGUGGCACCCUUACUCCGCCACCGCGCCUUCCCAAGAAAACCGACUCGGAUGCACCAGACGAAGUGUUUAAGGACUCGGAGUCUAGUCCUGGAUCAAGUCCUUUGACUCUGACACCGAAGCUCAGCCGUCGGACGGAAAGCUCCAAAACGAGCGCCUUGCAAGCGGAGCUGUUCAAACCCAAUGUGCUUCCACCUCCAGGAGACGAAUGCAGACCUCGUAGGCUCAAGAACUCUUCCGAAGUCCCUGGACAAAGAGACCGAGAGAAGGGGAAGUUCGCCAAACCCAAACCAGCUCCUCCUCCGCCUCCGGUCUCGAGCGGCAAAUCCAGAAAGACUUCGAGGAGCCCCACUUUUGACGUUUCUUUGGAUACCAAAGCCAAAGGCUCGUCUGAACACAACCCUCCAAGUCCUGGAUCCGCAGAACAAGGCAAAGGCGUGAGCCUUUCCCAAGAAAGUGCUAAGAAAGUGCCAAAAAACACCUCAAAAGUGCAGCCCCCAAAGACGACUUCUAUAUCCCCAAGCAGUCAGCUGCCAGGGAUGGGAACCGGAUCGGCUGUCGGUGAUCCGGGAUCCAACUUCAUUCCCCUCAUGACGACUCGCCGCUCGCUAAGGAAGACGCGCCAGCCGUCGGAGCGGCUCUCCAACUCCUGCAUCACACGCGAGAUGGUCUUGGAGAGCACCGAGCUCCUGCGAGCCGCCAUCGGCCGCAUUACGGAGCAGACCGGCAGCCAUAGCGCGGUGCUGGAAGCCGGCAAGAAUCUGUCCAAGUAUUGCGCGAGCUACGUCGAGUCCAUCCAGCAGAUGCGCAACAAGUUUGCUUUCCGCGAAGCCAUCAAUAAGUUGGAGAGCAGCCUGCGCGAGCUGCAGAUCUGCCCCGCCGCCACCGGGGGAGCCAACACGCCUCAAGACUUUUCAAAGCUGCUUUCCUCCGUCAAGGAGAUCAGUGACAUUGUUCAGAGGUAGCGGAGAAGAGCACGGAUGCGACCGGUGUCAUCUGCGUGUCUGGGGCUUCUCUAGUGAUGUGAGCCACCUCGGCUUUUCUCAUGCCAAAUAGAGGAACGUUUCCGAAAGGUUCAGUGUCUUAUUACUGUGCACAAGUGCAGGGGAACCGUUCCUCCAGAGUCCGCUUGGCGAUCUUAAGGUAGCCCAGGUUCAAGUCGUAGUGACUUGAUUGAGUCUCUGUAAUUCCUUGACUUUCCUCACUGCAAAAAAUUAUUUUCUUUCUUAGUAUUUUGUCUUGUUUUCUAGUGUAAAUGUCUUCAAAUUCUGGA